CGGCGCUCGCCAAUGAGCGCGAUGGCGAUUGGGCCGGCGUGUUUGGCGCUCGGUCCGGGAGGGUGAAUCCGGCAGCCGGAGGCGGAGGGAGCAGAGCGGGAGCGCCGAGCGGAGCUGGCGGCGGCACCGGCGGGAGCGGCGGCGGCGCGGAGCCGAGGCGGCGGGGGAGCGGUGUCUAUAUCAAUUUGAGAGUCCGGGGAAUGUUUUUUUGUGGUAACAAUAAAGCAUCUGCAGAAGGGAUAAUCAUGGGUCAAACCGGAAAAAAAUCUGAGAAGGGACCAAUUUGUUGGAGAAAACGUGUAAAAUCAGAAUAUAUGAGACUGAGGCAGCUCAAGAGGUUCCGACGUGCUGAUGAAGUAAAGAGUAUGUUUAAUUCUAAUCGUCAGAAGAUACUGGAAAGAACUGAAAUCUUAAAUCAAGAAUGGAAACAACGUAGGAUACAGCCUGUUCACAUCAUGACUUCUGUGAGCUCAUUGCGCGGGACCAGGGAGUGCUCUGUUACCAGUGACAUUGAUUUUCCAAAACAAGUCAUCCCACUGAAGACUCUCAAUGCUGUUGCUUCUGUGCCUAUAAUGUAUUCUUGGUCUCCCCUUCAACAGAAUUUUAUGGUAGAGGAUGAAACUGUUUUACAUAACAUUCCAUAUAUGGGAGAUGAAGUGCUUGACCAGGAUGGUACCUUUAUUGAAGAACUGAUCAAGAACUAUGAUGGGAAAGUGCAUGGAGACAGAGGUGAGCCCAAACACUCAGAAUGUGGAUUUAUCAAUGACGAAAUAUUUGUUGAGUUGGUCAAUGCCCUUGGUCAAUAUAGUGAUGAUGAAGAUGAUGAUGAUGGAGAUGACAAUCCUGAUGAAAGAGAUGACAAGCAAAAAGAUCGGGAAGAAAAAGAAACCCACCCACCUCGGAGAUUUCCUUCUGACAAGAUAUUUGAAGCCAUUUCCUCAAUGUUUCCAGACAAGGGUACAGCAGAAGAAUUGAAAGAGAAAUACAAAGAACUCACUGAGCAGCAGCUUCCCGGAGCUCUUCCUCCUGAGUGCACACCGAACAUAGAUGGACCAAAUGCUAAAUCUGUUCAGAGGGAGCAAAGCCUGCACUCUUUUCACACACUCUUCUGUAGGCGCUGUUUUAAAUACGAUUGCUUCUUACAUCCAUUCCAUGCAACUCCUAAUACUUAUAAACGAAAGAAUACAGAAACAGCAUUAGAUAAUAAGCCUUGUGGACCUCACUGUUAUCAACAUUUGGAAGGUGCAAAGGAGUUUGCAGCCGCCCUGACGGCGGAGCGCAUCAAGACGCCGCCGAAGCGCCCGGGCGGGCGCCGGAGGGGCCGGCUCCCCAACAACACCAGCAGGCCCAGCACGCCCACCAUCAACGUGCUGGAGUCCAAGGACACGGACAGCGAUCGAGAGGCGGGCACCGAGACCGGCGGCGAGAACAACGACAAGGAGGAGGAGGAGAAGAAAGACGAAACGUCCAGUUCCUCUGAAGCAAAUUCUAGGUGUCAAACACCAAUAAAGAUGAAGCCAAAUAUUGAGCCUCCAGAGAACGUGGAAUGGAGUGGUGCUGAAGCUUCAAUGUUUAGAGUUCUUAUUGGCACCUAUUAUGACAAUUUCUGUGCAAUUGCCAGACUGAUUGGGACCAAAACAUGCAGACAGGUGUAUGAGUUUAGAGUAAAGGAAUCUAGUAUUAUUGCACCAGUCCCUGCUGAAGAUGUUGAUACUCCUCCCAGAAAGAAGAAAAGGAAACACAGGUUGUGGGCUGCUCAUUGCAGAAAGAUACAGCUGAAAAAGGAUGGGUCAUCGAAUCACGUUUACAACUAUCAGCCAUGUGAUCACCCACGUCAGCCUUGUGAUAGCUCAUGCCCAUGUGUAAUUGCUCAAAACUUCUGUGAGAAGUUUUGUCAGUGCAGCUCCGAAUGCCAAAAUCGUUUUCCUGGGUGUCGUUGUAAAGCACAAUGCAACACCAAGCAGUGCCCCUGUUACCUGGCUGUCCGUGAGUGUGAUCCCGACCUCUGCCUGACUUGUGGAGCAGCUGACCACUGGGACAGCAAAAACGUUUCUUGCAAGAACUGCAGCAUUCAGAGAGGAUCCAAAAAACACUUACUAUUGGCACCUUCAGAUGUGGCAGGCUGGGGAAUUUUUAUCAAAGAUCCUGUACAGAAGAAUGAAUUUAUCUCUGAAUACUGUGGUGAGAUUAUUUCUCAGGAUGAGGCAGACAGAAGAGGAAAAGUAUAUGACAAAUACAUGUGCAGCUUUCUGUUUAACUUGAAUAAUGAUUUUGUGGUUGAUGCAACACGCAAGGGCAACAAAAUUAGAUUUGCAAACCAUUCAGUAAAUCCCAACUGCUAUGCAAAAGUUAUGAUGGUUAAUGGUGAUCACAGAAUAGGAAUAUUUGCUAAAAGAGCCAUUCAGACUGGUGAAGAACUGUUCUUUGACUACAGAUAUAGCCAAGCUGAUGCCCUUAAGUAUGUGGGCAUUGAAAGAGAAAUGGAAAUCCCUUGACACCAGCUACCUCUUCUUUUAAACAAACAGCUGCCUUAUCUUCAGGAAUUUCUAGUACUGUGGGCAAUUUUAGAAAAUUAAAAAUGAUGCAAUUUGAAAUUCUGUAUUUGCAAAGUACUGUAACAGUAAUUUAUAGUAACAAAUUUAAAAAAAAACCAACUUUUUAUUGCCUUCUCACCAGCUGCAAAGUGUUUUGUACCUAUGAACUUUUGCAAUAAUGUGGUGUGGUACAUUUUUCAACCUUGAAUAAAGGAUACUUGAACUUCUUCAUUUUUACUGGAAUUGAGUUGGAAUUUUGUGUCAGGCCCUUGAGAAAGCAUGUGAAUUUAACCUGUGACUUCUGUGCAAAGGCACCUCCAUACUUGUCUCCUGUUACUGUUCCUUUGGGUCUCAGUUAAGAUCAGUGUGAAGAUGCAAACAGUGUAGCUCGGCCAGGUGCUUGUGGUGCUGCAGUGCCCCAGUGGGACAGGUGUGGUCUUGCAGCCCUCAGCUCCCUGGGCAUGCAGCUACAUCCAUGUUCUCUGGCUCCUACAACUGCCACAAUAGCUGUGAUUUCUGUGACAAACACUACUUGCAAGACAAAGCUGUGGUACAAGGUGCCCU